UACUACAUAGUGCGCUUCACAAGCGGAAUAGAUUAUGAAAGGGCUGUUACGGGAGGACCGUGGUUGCUGGGUGACCACUAUCUCACUGUUCAUACGUGGAACAAGCAUUUUAACCCAUACGAACACGAGAUUUCAUCGACCCUAGUAUGGGCAAGGCGGCUGGACAUACCGGCUCAAUAUUUUAACACAGAUGCGGUGAUGAAGAUCGGGAAGCGAAUUGGGAGACCCCUACGGGUUGAUCAAGCCCCGAGCACAGGCGCCCGCCUAGACUACGCGCGUGUUUGUGUCGAGGUCGAUCUCUCCAAACCACUCUUGUCCCAAUUUAGAAUCCAUGGCGUGAAGUACUUCAUUCAAUACGAGGGGCUGGAGAAGAUUUGCCUAAGCUGCGGAAAAUAUUUUCAACGGUCUGGAUGCCCUUGCUCCUUUGGCGGGCCGAGCAAGCCGGACGAGGAACCUAUUGCCGCGGAGAAUGACAAGGAAACCACGAGGCCUUAG